AGAACGUACCUUGCGUCUUUUUAGGUUGUUUCGAGUAAUAAAAAUUUUUUGGAAAAAUUUCAAGAUUUUUCAACUUUUUUGCAGGUCCGGGGUCAUCAAUUUUUUCAAAAAUCACCAAAUCCUUAUUUUCCUAAAAUCAGCAUAAAUUUCAUCGAAAAGACCCGAAAUGGCGUUCAGAACGUAUCUGGAGGCUUUUUAGGUUGUUUCGAGUAAAAAAAAAAUUUUGAAAAAUUUCAAGAUUUUUCAACUUUUUUGCCGGUCCGGGGUCAUGAAUUUUCUCAAAAAUCACAAAGUCCUUAUUUUCAAAAAAUCAGCAUAAAUUUCACCGAAACAACCCGAAAUGGCGUUCAGAACGUAUCUUGAGGCUCUUUAGGUUGUUUCGAGUAAAAAAAAUUUUUUGAGAAAUUUCAAGAUUUGUCAACCUUUUUGCAGGUCCGGGGUCAUGAGUUUUUUCAAAAAUCACCAACUCCUUUUUUUCAAUAAAUCAGAAUAAAUUUCACUGAAACAAUCCGAAAUGGCGUUGAGAACGUAUCUUGAGGCUUUUUAGGUUGUUUCGAGUAAAAAAAAUUUUUUUUAAAAAAUUUCAAAUACCAUUUGCAUCAAACUUGCCAGCAAAAGUACUGUUAUUGUGGAUCUAAAGCACUAAUCAUAUCCUUUUCACGUUGAUUGAUUCUGCCUAAUUGAUUACAAUAUCUUGAUUUGUUUAUUUUUUAACUCAAUGACGUCAUCGUUUAAACACUAGACACAUGAACCCGACACAUAAAACACAACUCAUUUAAGUUCAUUUUUACCUUAUUAGAUCUUAGGUGAUAAACUUGUUAAACCGUUGAUAUGUAAUAUACUAUAUUAUUCUAUUUUUUGUGGACACAGUAUUUAUUAUCCUGUUGAACAGUGCAGAAGCAAGCUCCUAACCUUUGUGGCAGCUAUUGAACAAGCAUUAGAAUUUAUGAAAGUUUGUGACGUCACCCUAAUGUAUCUAAGUGAUUGUUCAGUCAGCAGUGGUUGUGCAACAUGUCCUCGUUUCAUAUUUCUGGAAACAAGGGUACCGUUUCCGGAAUGCACGGGAGGUGCUGUGUCUCGAUGUGCAGGUACCGCGAUAUCGCAAAUUCACGCAAACUCGGAACACGGUAGUCUCCUUGUUGUUUCCAAAUGAAACGAUGCCUUUUUGUAAUUCCAAGCACGAGGAGUCAAUGGCUCGUAUACAUAUUGUAAUUUCCACCGCUUCCCUUGGUGACCGAUCAUCAAGAUUUAAGGCUCCUAGACCAAGACCUAUUGAUAUUGUAUAGAAAAAGCUGCCCAGGCGAGUAUGCUCAAAGUUCAAUGAGACAGUGUCUUUAAACAAACUAAAUAUAAUUAAAGUAAGAUCAGAUUAUUUACAUUAUUUAAUCGGAAUAUAGAACGUCCAUGUUAAUAUUUAUGGAUUGUCAUAAGUCAACUGUAUCAUCUAGCUAUGGAUAUUUUAUUGAAGCAUUUUCAGUGGACCUAGCUUUCAAAUUUUAGAUUGCUAAAUGGCAAAGGAUGCGUUAGGUGGCAUGCAUUAAUGGGUUGACCCAAGGUUUGUCUCAUGACGCUGGGAAUAAUUUAUGUUACGGUUCAAGCAUAACUUCCAAUUAGGCCAAGAAUAUAAUUGUAUAUAAUUGUAGUGUAUAUGUGAAACAACAAAUCGAAGUAUUCACGAUGGCACGACCUCGUGAUAUGUUAUACGUACAAGGACGUUUUAGCAAAUAACAAAUUAUUUCUUCGUUGUUGGGCAGUAAUUAUCGCUUAAAUAUUUGCGUUAUAGAUGGGGACUAGCAUUUAAGUCUUUUUCCAAAAUGGGUUUAUCCAAAAAUUGAGGGCAUGCUAGAAAGCAGUUUUAUGCGGAACGGGCUAUGAAGCAUGAACUUAAGGGUGUUUUUGUUUUAGGGGAGGGGCACCAUAUUUUGCCAUGAUAUAUUACUCCACGACUUGUCUUCUGUUUUUGCUUUUCAAAAGAGCUGCUUGCUCAUAUUUGAACUGAACGUAAUCUUUUAAUGAAGAGAAUUCGAUAUCUCUUGCUGCUGCGUUGCGGGCAAUGCUUAGCAUUCUAAUAACUUUUCAUAUGUUACUCAACUACAGUCUUUUGUCAGCCAAGAGAACAAAAUUAAAUAAUCAAGCAAGAUAGGGUCUUUUUCACUCUAUUUUGUGUUCUUUCAGAAAGCAAAGAGCUAUCCAAGGAAACGCAAGACAACAAGUCAUACGUGGGGUGAAAAGUAGUAGACAAUAGACGUUAACACACUUUGUUAUUGGUUGUUCCCAUAUUGGUAUAUUUAAAAGUGCACUCCCGCCCCUUAAGAUGACAGGAUUAUUUGCCCUAAAGUGAAAUUAAACAUGCACACCUGAACUAUUCAUAUUGCGGAUGCUUAUCUUAUGGUAGUGACCAAAGGGGGAUACCCCCAAGUACACAACAGGGGGAGGGGGUCUCAACAGAACAAGGUACACGACAAAACAUGACUCUUCUUUACAUAAAGGGUAGGGAACCUCCAAUGCCCUUAACACCCUUCUGCUCCUAGUAUCAGCAACUCUCAACAGGAAGGUGUCUUUUCUGAUAUAAUCUUUCCGAUGAUAACUGCAAAGACAGACAUCGUUGUUUUGUGGGUGGGUGGAGAAACCAUAUAUGGUAUAUAACUUAGUUUUAUUCUCCUAGUAUUUAUAAAGAAAAUUUUGUUUUGUUUAUUUAGAAACAAAAGGUUGUUUAGCUCAAAUGUUAUGGUGAUAGAAUUGAAAAUAUUGCUCUUGUUAGCAUCUGCUGUCAUAUGUCAGUCUGUUUUUUAAGUCUCAACCUUCUAGUCUUAAGUCUUAAAGGCACUUUGUCGCGUAACUGGGUGACGAGUAUGCUUUGAGAUUGUGAUAAGUGUAGGCAAGGUUUCCAUCAAAAACAUUUGCUAUACAGUAAUCUCUAUAACUCUGACCUCCAAAGAAACAAUAAAAAUGGUUCGAGUUAAUGAAUGUUCAAGUUUUCAGGGGUUUGUGUUAUCGGGAUUUACUGUAUUUGUAUACAUUUUGUUUGAAUGAUGCACACUGUGGACAAAAAAGAUUUUCUAAUUCAUUUUUUCAUAUAUAUAUAAUUAAUUUUUAACAAAUGAUGCGAGUAAAAUGUUUUUUUAAAUUUUGGUGAUAAAAUUCUAUGGUUGUAUGUACAUAGCCUUAACAACAACUGCGCGCAAUAGGCACUGAAUCAGAAUUUACUUAUCUUUCUCCUUGCCGGUCGGUUCAUUACGACACUCAAACAAAAACAAUUACUAAUGACCUCAUAAAAUGUCGAAAAUGUCAAAAUUACAGAGACAUCUAAUGUUUUCAGAGACUUUUCAAGAACGCCUUUUACGCGGUACCUGGCCACUAGUGUAAAUUUCUGCGACAUCAAACCUGUAUAUUGCCUUUCAUCGCAUACAUCGGUAAACAAAACUUUUUUAAUUAUUUGCAAGAAUCUGAACUGAAGUAUUGUUUCCACUUUUCUAUAAACUUUGACUUGAUGCUUUUAAUUCUAGAUUCCUGCACCCUACUCAUUGCAGUUGCCGCAGGUUAUGGCUGGGGCUUUUCUGAUGCAGAUGGUUUGGUGAUGUCUGAUAGUAUUCUAGACUUCAUUGGUGAAUUGCGGCUACAAAACGAAAGUGAAUGGAUCUCCGUUACAGAGGCCGUGAAAAAAUUUUUCUUGGAUAAGGUUCCUUGGAGAGCGUCUAGAGGUCUGAGCACGAGUAAUGCUGCGAUUUUCCAGUCAAGCGUCAGUCGAUUUGAGCUAGGGUCAGUUGCCUGGACCCCUACAGGGUUUCCUGCAAGUAUCACGCCUUGGACAGCAGCAUGGCAAGAUAGAUCAAAACCUUACCUGACUAUUCGUCUCAAAGAUGAAACAACUUCAACAUUUGAUUCAGUGGCAUACUCUACGUCUUAAGAAAAUACGUCUUUACAAGAAUAUUGCAGAUUGGUGAGCUAUUCAUAUAGCUUGAAUUUUUGCUAUACCUUGAUGUUUGAACUUUUUUGAAAAUACACCCACUGCUGAUGACUGUAAUGAUUGUAUUUCCACAUAACAUAUAUGAUUACCAUUUUCAGAUUAAGCGGUACAGAAAUGUGCUGUUCAUGACUGACGACACGAUAGAGGCUAAGCAUUUCAUUUCCUGCUUCUCCCAUUGGCUCAAGGUAUGUUGUCUACAGUAUCCUCCGUAUGAUAUCAACCGGUAAGACAGCAGUUAAUGUAUGUUGCUUAGAAAGUUGUUUUCCCUGGACGGGGGCUACAUUAACUUUACUUUCAAUGAUUUAGAAGAUUUUCUAAGUGCAUAUUAUUCUUUGGGUUGUGUCAUUAUAACAAGUUGCAUUAAUUUGAUUAAUAAUGAAUUUUCU